GUUUGCUUCCUAUUUGAAUCCAGAGUUUGUGAUGAGUGGAAAUUGAACAUUUGAACUAACCCAGCAGGGCCAGACCUCAGUCUACUAUUCUUUCUAGUGUUCAAACUUUUGUCAUCAUGGAUUUGUGAUAAGUGUUUAUGGCUUCUUGGGCACCUUCUGUUGCUGCUGCUUCAUUCUUAAACUGGGGGAGAAAAAUACAACUCUUCAAAUCCUGAUCAGCUGAGGAUUUUUGGUUCGGCUUUUGGAGGGGUGAAUAUUUCUGAAUCUCUUAUUUGAGAAGUAGAGGCUCUAGAAGGCAUAGGAGACUCUACCCUAUAAUCUAUAGGUGAUAUCAAAGUUAAAGAGCUGAAGGUCUAGAAAUAUGGAGGGGGAAUUCACUGUAAAAUUGCUGGGGAACAUAGAAGCAGCAGAGCAUGCAAAUAAGGAUGAGAGUCUAAAGGACAAGAUAUGGAGGGAGAACAAGAAAAUGUGGGUGGUGGCUGCCCCUGCGAUAUUCACCCGAUUCACGACAUUCGGAACUGGUGUCAUUAGCCAGGCGUUCAUCGGCCAUAUUGGGUCGAAAGAGCUGGCCGCCUUCGCCCUCGUCUCCACCGUCUUUUUGAGGUUUGCUCAAGGCAUACUGUUGGGAAUGGCCAACGGACUGGAAACUCUAUGCGGGCAGGCCUACGGUGCAAGGCAGUACCACAUGCUCGGGAUAUAUCUGCAACGCUCAUGGCUCGUUUCGGUUAUAGCGUCCACUGUGCUUCUGCCGAUAUUCAUCUUCACAACUCCUAUUCUAAAGGCUAUAGGGCAAGAAGACGAAAUCGCAGAGAUGGCAGGAACCAUGGCAUUGUGGCUCAUUCCAGUGAUAUACUCCUUCAUUGUCUCAUAUACUUGCCAAAUGUACCUUCAAGCUCAGAGCAAGAACAUGAUCAUCGCGUAUUUGGCUGCAAUUGCAUUGUCAAUUCAUGUGUUCCUGUCGUGGUUGUUAACGGUGAAGUACAAGCUUGGGGUCUCAGGAGCCAUGAUAUCCACCGUUCUAGCCUUCUGGCUUCCUAACGUCGGUCAGGUUAUAUUUGUUACUUCCGGAGGUUGUCCGGAAACAUGGCGAGGCUUUACAACGUUAGCUUUCAAGGAUCUUUGGCCGAUCUUCAAGCUUUCAUUGUCUGCUGGUGCAAUGCUCUGUCUUGAAGUUUGGUACAAUACAGUACUGGUUCUACUGACAGGAAACAUGAAAAAUGCAGAGGUGGCUAUUGAUGCCCUGUCCAUAUGCCUCAACAUUAACGGCUGGGAGAUGAUGAUAUCUCUUGGUUUCAUGGCUGCUGCUAGUGUUCGAAUAGCUAAUGAGCUCGGAAGUGGUAACUCUAAAGCUGCAAAGUUUUCAAUCACGACGAUCGUGGUAACAUCAUUCGGCAUAGGAUUUGUGUUGUUUGUGUUCUUUUUGUUAUUUCGGGAGCGUAUAGCUUAUCUAUUCACAGAAAACAACGAUGUGGCUUCAUCAGUUGGUCGCUUAUCGCCUCUCUUGGCUUUCUCCAUACUCCUCAACAGUGUUCAACCCGUUCUUUCUGGUGUUGCAAUCGGAUCCGGAUGGCAGAGUACUGUUGCUUAUGUUAAUAUCGGAUCGUAUUACUUAAUAGGGGUUCCGAUUGGUAUUCUACUUGGAUAUGUGUACAAUCUACGAGUCGAAGGUGUUUGGAUCGGAAUGCUCAUCGGCGUACUCGUUCAAACUAUUGUACUUGUCAUCAUAACUUGCAGAACGGACUGGGAGAAACAGGUAUCGAUUGCUCAAAAACGAGUGAACAGAUGGUUUGUGGAAGAUGAACCUGAGACCAACUAAUGAUAUAAUGCUAGCUAAUAGUAGUUGGAGUCGAGCAUUUUCCUUUGCUGGAGAACAUAUUCCAUGCACCUCUUAUCGUUCUCCUAUUCUAUUCGAUAAUACAAGAGGUGUUGGUUAUUGCGAAAACUUUAAAUUUUAGAUAUGGUGUGGUUGAUUCAUGAUGAUCAUAUUAAGGGUGAAUUACAUUGGUGUUUUUUUUAAGGUUAUGUAUAAUUAUAUAAAUACUUUUUAAUUUUUAUAAGCUUAUAAAAACACCUUUCCAGGGGUAUUAACAUAAUUAAUUU